UCAAACAGUGCGAUUCCCAAUCCUGCGUCCAGGAGAGAUUUGAAUCCUGACUGGAACAUGGCGCUGUUUCCAAACUCACUGACAGAGGAGGAGGAAACGCUGCAGAAGAAAUACGCCAAAUUAAAGAAAAAGAAAAAAGCCCUGCUUGCGCUUAAGAAACAGAGCUCCAGCAAUCAGACGAGUCAGACUGGACUUAAACGCACCUUGUCAGAUCAGCCUGUGGUGGACACAGCGACGGCCACCGAGCAGGCCAAGAUGCUCAUCAAAUCUGGCGCCAUAAGUGCCAUCAAAUCGGAGAACAAGAACUCGGGGUUCAAGCGAUCGCGAACACUUGAGGGUAAAUUAAAGGAUCCUGAGAAAGGUCCAGUUCCAGCAUUCCUGCCAUUUCAGAGAAGCGUCUCUACAGACGAGGAGCUUUCUGAGUCGGCCAAAAGAACCCACAGAAAGGCUCUGUAUGACAACUUUGUCGGCCCGGCUGAACGCCCGCGUGACGAGGACGAAGGUGGCGGAGCGUCUAGUCGGGAUUUCGAGCGCGACCGGGACAGGGAUCUGGAACGAGACCGUGAUCGAGACAGGGAGCGAGAGCGUGGCCGAGACAGAGAGCGGGAACGAGAGAGGACCCGAGACAGGAGCCGAGACCGAGAGCGAGACCGAGAGCGGGAGCGGGAGCGGGACAGGGAAAGAGACAGAGACCGCGAACGAGACCGAGACCGAGAGCGAGAGCGAGACCGAGACGGACCCUUCAGACGUAAAUCCCAUAAUGGUACAGACUCGUACCCGGAACGGCGAGGCAUGAGGAAAGGAAACACGGUGUACGUUUACGGUGCAGGCAUGGUGGAAGAGAGCCUGCGUACAGCUUUCUCUCAGCAUGGCACCAUCAUCGACCUGUCCAUGGACUCGCCACGCAACUGCGCGUUUGUCACUUUUGAGAAGAUGGAGUCAGCAGAUCAGGCUGUAGUAGAGCUGAACAACACCGCCGUGGGUGACGUCACGAUCAAAGUCAGCAUCGCUAGGAAGCAGCCCAUGCUGGAUGCAGCUACGGGGAAAUCCGUCUGGGGUUCUCUGGCUGUGCAGAACAGCGCCAAGGGUUCGUACAGGGACAAGCGGAAUCAAGUCGUCUACAGUGAAGAUUUCAUUUGAGCAUUUCUCUCACACACACACACUCUCUCAUUUUAUUUGUAUGCAGCACUGCUAUUGGUUUUCUGCUUCUUGUUGUUCUUGUUGUUUUUAUUUCAUGCAAAUCAUAAAAUCAGUUCAUUAAAAUACUUUAGUGUGUAAAGGAUGUAUUUAUAGUUUGUACAGUAAUCAGCUUCAGUGUGUUUCGGUAUUACCGUGCUUAAUAAAGUUAACACGGCUUUGUAAACAGGGGCGCGUAUCUGCUAACACAUCUGAUGUACGACAAGGAUUCGGUAAUUAACAGGGCAUGCUGUUCUGGCAAAAUAAUCCACAAUGGAGAUCAUUUCCCUUUAACAGUACAUCCUAAAGCAUAUCUUCUUAUACCGCAGCAAUUUACCGAAAGUGCUACACACGUAUACCAGCGGUCAAAAGUUUGUGGACACUCGACUGAAAUGUUUCUCAUGAUGUUAAAAACAUUUCGAUGUGAAGGGGUGUGAUUAAAUGUGUGAAAUCGGUGUCGUAGGCAAAAAUAUAAUCGUGCCGACGUAUUCGUUUCUUUCAUUAGAAAACUAACAUUUUAUUUACACGGACGACUCGGAGGGAAAUAUUCCGAAAAGCAGCCGAUGAGAGUCCGGCGUCGGUGUGAACUCCUUUAAUACUGUUUAAAAAGCAUCUCAGGGAAAUUCCGCAAGAAAUCGCUCGAGAAAACGCCAAGAAUACGUUUCUGGAAUAUUCUAGGCGAAAAGUGCGUCGACUUUGAAGAUGCUAAAAUAUUAAAUUACUUUGAUUUAUUUUUGAUUUUUUUAAUCACAACAUAAUUCCCAGAGCUCCAUUUGUGUUACUCCGACUUUAUUAUUAUUAUUAUUAUUAUAAAAUGUGGGGAAAUAAAAAUAAAGAGUGAGUUUUUAAAAUCUAUUUCUAUUUAAAUUUUAUGUCCGUGGAACGUCUGUGAAAUAAGUUAUUACGUAACAGUAAUAAAUCAGUAACCUCUGUUUUUUCCCCUCUAGACAUUAACAAGAGAGAAAAAUGCAGUUUGUUACGUUACUGAGCAACUGCAGAAUCCGUCAGUCACAAAGACGUUCACCUGGUGGAAAACCUCAAGUAUAAGCUUGAUCUCAGACUGACACUGGAGACUCCUUCCAAAAACUUCACCAUAUCCAUGACUGCACACUUAAAAAAAAUAAAAAAUUAAUAAAUAAAUAAAAAUCAGUGUAUGUAGAUCAUCCUCCAUAUAAGUCCCUGUGUAAAUAAUAAUAAUAAUAAUAAUAAUAAUAAUAAUAAUAAUGUAAAGCU